AUUCUUUUCAAGGUGUAGAGCAAAUAUUGUAUCUAAUCAAUAGAUUUGUCGUCUAUAUUAUCGACACAAAAGCUGAUUAGAUAAGGCCCCGCGCACAUAUAUCCCACCUUAAAAAGCCAACUCUUUCGGCAGUGCGACAGUGUAAAUUUAACCAAAAGCUCUCCCAUUUCUGCGCGUUUUUCCGCCACAGAAGGAACUACAACUCGAAUAUUUAAAAAAAAAAUUGUUUCUUCCCAAAAGCGGAGUGAAUAAGAAGUAAUAAUUUUUCAUAUUUUUUUCUUUAGUUCCGUGAUUGUCUCUCUCACAAAAAUUUGACUAUUGUGGUUGCAUUAAAAGUUUCGUAAAGUCUCGUGUUUUAUAUUUAGAGAAAAAAAUCAUUCACGUGAGUUUGAAUGUGAAAUAAUUUCAUCACAGAUCAAAGGUCAGAGAGGCCUUGAAGAUUUUCAACUUUCUUCACCCACAAACACCACGAAGAAGAAAUAUUUGCACAGAGAAAAAUCAACGUGUGAAUAAUUUUCUUCACACUUCAAAUUAAAAUUAACAAUUUUUUUUUGAAAGAUUUUAAAAAGUGAAAGGUUUAGUUAAUAAUAAAAAUGUUGGAAAAUGUGGACAAUGCAAUAAAAAAUUGUGAAAAAGAAAUCCUAAUAGAAGCCUAUUUAUAAAAUAAAUAAAAUAGGAAACAUUAAAAGAAUCUCAAUAAUUUUUUAACUUUUAAAGCAACUACACGUUAGUGGAACUAAUUUGUGUGGGAUCAACUAAAAAACACAUCAGACUCAUAUUUGUUCAAUGGCCUAAAGGCGUCGGGUCCCCCUCAAGAAAGCACAAAAAGAGUGAAUAAUUUCUGGUAAAGGAAAAAAACCGUCUCUCUUGACUUUUGUGUGGAAAAAACAGCACUAAAAAUUGAUCAGUUUUUUUUCUCAUUAAUUCCGGUUAACCACCGCGCGUCUGACUCAUUGAUAGUUUUGUGAUUUUUUUUUAAAUACCUACCUAAAUAUGUGGAUUUCCAUUGAUAACAUCAGUGGUGUUGAGUGAGAAAGAGAAAGAGAGAGAGGGAGGGAAAGUGAGAGAAAAAGUGAGAAAAGAAAGGAAAAACUGUGGAAAACAUGACAAACCACCUUCGCUUGAUCAUUGUACUGAUCAUUAAGCAUCUGCUUAGCAUCACUGCGGAAAAUCAAACGGAAGUAGCACCGCUAAAUGUAACAACAGUCAUAAAUCACGGAAACAACGUGCCCACCACGACGGUGUCUGCUGUCCCAAUUGGCGCCCACACGGAGGAAAUUUUGGAAAAUGUCCCACCCACAUGUCACAAUUUAAAGCGUCUGCCAACGCAACCGGAAUUAACAGAAGCAUCAGCAAUACGGAAAUGCUGUCCAGCAAAGGAAAAUUUAAUUCACAACGAUCCAAAGAAUCAUGGCUGCCACGCCACAACGCAACCAUUCAUGCCACCCAUUGUCAAUGCCACCUUCUACGAGGGAUGCAUCGAAGAUGAGGAAACGAGCAGUUUACGGCUACCUGAACGCUACGGGAAUCCCUGUGCGCAGCGUCAGUCAUUCGUGUACAGCAGGCACGACGGGGAUGUGCUGUAUGUGCUGCUAAAUGGAUCACUGCUGGUGGUCAAUGAGAGAUUCGAGUGGAUUGAGAUACGCGAUGAAUACUGCUUGGACACUGAUGACAAUGGCACACUGUCCGCAAUUAUUUGCCCAGACGAAUACGGCAGCUCAACACCCGAGGCUGCUGUUACGCAGGCUCAGCUUGUCUUCCUUGCUAUUUGCAUGCUUAUCUCAAUCCCCUGCCUCCUUGUCACCUCCUUCUUCUACUUCACUGUUGACGACUUACGCACACUCCAUGGGAAAUCCCUGGCCUGCCACUGCCUCUGCUUGGCGCUACGCUUCAUUCUCAUCGCAAUUAUUCAGCUUCAUAUUGCUGGCGAGAGUGACGUCACCUUCUCCAAUUACUUCAUCUACAUGAUCCAGUACUUCAUCCUGGCCGCCUUCUUCUGGCAAUUCGUCAUGUCAGUGGACAUUGUCAUUAAUGUCUGGUACUAUUUGCCAAAGAAUAUCUCACCGAAGGGCACCCUGCGUGGGUGGAUACACUUCGCCAUCUACUCCACCCUCUCAAUGCUCCUGCCCAUUGUCUUCAUUUGCGCCGCAAUGGCACGCCAUGAGCCCGAAACGCCCUACUUCCUCAAAGGUGUCAGCUGGGAUGAGCACUCAAAUCAGAAUUUCUACAUCCUUCCCGUAAUCGUCCUCCUCUGCCUCUGCUUUGGCUGCUUCAUUGGGGCCUACUACGGCUUCCGGCAGCUUAAUGAGCUCAACAUUAUGGUGUGGCUGACAAAGAUGAAGAACACCUUCAACAGGAAACACGAACCAGACACUCACUUCACCAAAUUGUGCACCAAAGAAAUGGAAUACGUUAAACAGUCUGCAAAAGCAACCUUCUACAUGUACUGCAUCCAAGCAAUUUGCUUUAUAUUCGAAAUAAUUUCAUUCUACGCCAAUGGCAACAACAUCAUCCUCAUGUUUGACACCAUAAAUGCCCUCCAGGGACUCCUAAUUCUCACAAUAUUCGUCUGUUUUCCGCACACAUUGAAAAUCAUAAAGAGUUGGUGGAAAGAUCGAGGAUCGCACGUUGUUACGGAAGCAAAUCCAGCCGAAAGUAUACCACUGAGAGAUAUUAAGGGGGAUGCAAGUGAAAAUAAAUAUUAGACUACAACUAGUUUAUUUUUUUAGUUAAUAACGAAUAAUUAAAAAUAAAAUUAUUAUUUAAAUUGCUAGGACAUGAAUUUGAAAUUUUUAAGAAUCUAAAUAUAUAUUUUAAGUAAUUAAAA